UAUUGCCUCGCAUAGUUGUGUGUUUUCGUUUUUGUUUUUCAAUAUUCUACAGUUCUUUUGUAGUAAUGAUAUUAUUGUGCUUUAAACAUUCAUGUUUGUGAAAUUUCGAACGACUAUUGGAUAAAGACAGUGAACUAUAAUAAUAAUUGUAUAAUACCACCUACCCACAUACCAACGCAAUGAGUUUUAUCUUAAACCGAUGAAUUUUCCUAAAACACUGUACGAGUCAUCUGAAUAUCUACCUAUAUUUUUGACCUGUACACGGAGAUCUGUAGACUAUAGUCACAUCCGAUGAUUCCGAUGAUAAUUUGUUUUUAUUGAGUUGGAGCAGUUGAAUGGCCGUUGCACAUAAUCGUCUCUGUAUAACGUAAAUUGCCGUCAGCAACAAUGUCGCGAUUUCGUACCACUGCCAUGUUACCGUUUUAAAAUGCUGAACUAGUGACAUUUAGUUAUUUAAGUAUUCCUGUUCAAAUAUCAAGAAUGGUCGUCCACAAAGUCAUGUAUAUCUUUGAGUACAUUUCAAUCACGCCUUCGUCUAGUAUAACGGACGACAUUGGCCGUGGAAUGCGGGGCUCUCCUAAGUUAUGCCACACGUCGUACGAGGGUACCAUCAGAGUGAUGCCCAACUCCAUGAUAGACAUGGCGUGUAAUAACCUGGCUGGAGAAAAGUUAAUGAAAUACACUACACCUUACAAUAUACAAGACCAAUAUUUAAGUACAAAAGUGAAUAUGUUAAAGCACAUCUCAAUGGCCGCCGUAUCUAGUAAGUACAUGUUGAAAGUCGUGGAACUGGUCGGCCUGAGCCUGGCUUCGAUAGUCAUCGAUGAGACUAUAGGUUUGGUUAAACAGUACUUUUGGCGCAAUUACGUCACUGAGCUCGAAGUUUCCAACUCAGACAAAUGUUACAAUUGGCUACUACAAUGGAUUUCCAAGCACAAUCAACAUCUACUGCACUUCAGUGUCACUACCGUCUGUCGGAACACUGAUUCCGGACACGUGACGUCGAAGUUUGACUAUGAGCCAAGUUCUGGCGAUCACAUGUUCAAGUAUAAGGGUCAUACAAUAAACGUUAAACGUGAUCGUAGCUCGACGUUAUCCAAUGAAUAUGGUUCUAGGCCGUACGAAACGCUUCACUUAUCUAUUUGGGGUCGAAAUAGACAAGUACUAAACGAAAUCCUGGAAGAAGCCAGAUUAUACGCCAUGUCCAUCAUGGAGUUGGGCACCACUCUGAUGGUACCCUCGUACGACGUGUGGCAUAACUUUGGAGAACCCCGCAUUCCACGGUCAAUGUCGUCCGUUAUACUAGACGAGGGCGUGAUCGAAAAUAUACUCAAAGAUAUACGUGACUUUGUGAAUGACCAAUUUUGGUAUUUGGACAGGGGAAUACCGUACCGUAGAGGUUACCUGCUCUAUGGGCCACCGGGUUGUGGCAAGACAUCUAUGAUCAUGGCGUUGGCUGGCGAGAUCAAGUAUAACUUGUGCGUGUUGAGCCUUAACGACUCAAAAAUGUCGGACGAUCAACUCAUUCAAUUAAUGGGAGCAGUACCGACCAAAUCUUUUGUGCUCCUGGAAGAUAUCGACGCAAUGUUCGCCAACAGGGAUGGGAAAACAGUCAUAGAAGGCAGUACUAAAGUGACGUUGAGCGGUUUGCUAAAUGCUUUGGAUGGUGUCGUAUCGUCCGAAGGCAGAAUACUAUUUAUGACUACCAACUACGUUGACAGAUUGGAUCCUGCACUGAUACGAUGUGGCCGAGUAGAUUACAAACAGUAUAUUGGAACAUGUUCAGAUCAUCAAUUAUCACAAAUGUUCAUUAGGUUUCGCCCAGAAGGUACAGAAGAUGACAACAAUAGAUUUAUAAAAGAUGUGAGAAAAUAUAACAAACCAGUCAUCCCAGCUCAUUUACAAGAAUUUUUUUUGUUGCAUCGGCAUAAAGAACUAAAAUAUAUGUUUGAACAUAUAAACGAUUUAUGGCAGAACGUACAAGACAUUCAAUUAACAGAGUAACAACAAUAAUAUUUAUAGUAUUAAUUUAAAAAUAAUAAUAAUAAAUUAAUUUUUUAUGUACAGAAAAAUACUAAGUACAUAAAAAACGAAUGUUCAGUCGAAUAGCAAUUUUUGAGCACAAUAAAAGAAAGUGUCAUGAAUAUUUAAAGUGUUAGAAAAAGAAUAACAAAAAUUAAUUAACAUGAAAAAAAAAAACAAAAAGUUUAUACGUUCAUUAUCUUUUGGGAUCAA